AAAGGGUAAAAAGGGUAAAACAAUCAAAUUUCCAAGUAAGGAGCUGUCUGCACUCUCUCUAUACCUACCUUCAUCUGUUUUGCAGUUGCACUUAGGCGGGUACCCAAAACUACACAAAAUCAAAUUUUAAAAACACACACACAAAAAAAUGGAAAACGGUACACCGGAAGUUGUAGAAGUGCGCGUCGCCGUUGACGGUUUUUACGGCGGCGGCAGCGGUGACGGCGGCGACGAAGAGGAAGUGUUGAUGCUAGAGGACGGAAGUGGAAGCAGUGACCAAGUGAGAAAGAAAACAGCAGACCGUGUUAAAGGACCAUGGUCACCUGAAGAAGACGCUAUACUUAGUCGUUUGGUAAGCAAUUUUGGGGCGAGGAAUUGGAGUUUGAUCGCCCGUGGAAUUCCCGGUAGAUCGGGAAAAUCGUGCCGGUUGCGGUGGUGUAAUCAGCUUGACCCUGCCGUUAAACGCAAACCCUUUACCGAUGAAGAAGAUCGGAUUAUCCUUCAGGCCCAUGCUAUUCAUGGGAACAAAUGGGCAUCAAUUGCAAGGCUUUUACCAGGUAGAACAGAUAAUGCCAUUAAAAAUCAUUGGAAUUCAACCUUGAGGCGCCGCUGUGCCGAACUUGGUAAAUUAAGAAGUGACUCCAGCAACAUCCUGGAGGAUGUUAGUGCUGAAAAAUCAAAAGCAUCAUCUGAGGAAACCCAAUCAUGUGGUGAUGUGAAUUCUUUGAAAGCUAUUGAAGGAAAAGACGUUAGCUCUCAGGAAAACCAGGAAGAUAAUCACUAUGAGGAUAAGAGUCAAGGAGAAGUUCAACGGAGUGAUGUAGCAAAUGAUCCUCGUACUCUCUUCCGUCCUGUGGCUCGUAUAAGUGCUUUUAGUGUAUAUGGUUCUCUGAAUGUCCCAGAAUCCCAAUCGCAAACUCCAAGGCUAAUUCCUAUCCAAGCGCCUGAUAUUGGGAUAAGCAAAUUGCUUGAAGGAGCUUUCACUGACAGAUUAGUGCCUCACCAAUGCGGCCAUGGCUGUUGUGGCAAUGCCAAUCAAGAAAUUAACGGAAGUUCACUAUUGGGGCCUGAAUUUGUUGACUAUGCUGAGCCUCCUUCCUUCUCAAGCCAUGAGUUGGCCACAUUAGCCACAGAGAUAAGUAAUGUUGCUUGGUGUAAAAGUGGGUUGGAAAACAGCAGCAUCGAGGUUAUCUUCAAUCCAACAACCAGGGCAGCGUGUGGUACCUCUCAUUUGCCAAGCAGACCAUUCUAAUCUUUCAAAUUAGUAACCAUAUAUAUACAUAUAACGUGGAAAUGAUGAUGGACGCAGUGUCAACCUCAACAAGUAGGCGACAACUACGAUGAUAUAAAAGAUUUUGAGGCUGAGUUGAUUUACCGAACUUAUUUGGAAUACAGAGUAUAGGAUAAAGAGAAGCUGGAUACCCGAUUUUGUGUCCAAACUGGUUGAACAGAGUGUAAAUGCAUUAUUUUCCUGGGUCUUCUUUCAUUCAUGAGGAGGAAUUUUAGAAAUUUUCUUUAGACGAGUCCAGUAAAAUGGUAUGAUCUGAAGUUUCAUAUGUUGUAAUUCAACAAGAUGAUGGAUUUUUUCAUUCAAAGAGUGUGGUUCCUCCUUCCUUUAAUUUAUCCUUCUACUCAGUUGGGAUGAUACUCGGAAAAAAAAUAAGAUGCUAAAUUCUAAUAUUUCAGCAGUUCCUGGUAAAAUUAUACUAACAUGUAUUCUGCAUGACUUAUUUAGUAGGGUGACUUUGAAUGAACUUCAAAUCUCAGAAUGAAUGAAUCUUA